GGCUUCCGCGAGGAGACGCGGAAGCGAAGUGUUUAGCAUUUAAUUUAAUUUCUUGUUUUGACGAUAUAUUUAAUUUCUUCUUUAUUGAUCCACAAUGGCAAACGCAAUCAAAUCUCUCUUUAUUCUCCCCCUGUUCUUUGUUUCUGGUUUUUCCCAUAUUUGGUCACAACCAAAAGCCUUCGAGCUCUUCAACCAGAAACAUAUACUAGGGCCUCAUGAAUUGUUCGGAAACCCUUUUGGAAAUCCUGAAGAUUACAAGAAAGUGAAAGUACCUGAUGAUUUUGGGACUCCCAUUAAUAAUGGUGAAGAUGUUGCAGUCCCAGUACCUACUAAGCGCCAACGUGGUAGUGCUGAUACUCCUAAUUGGGCAGCUCUUGGAUACAAAGGGGCAUGGGAGCUGGUUUCUCAGAAUUCAGGCGUCUCAGCCAUGCAUGCAAUCUUGCUUCCUAAAAUUGACAAGGUCUUGAUGUACGAUGCCACCAUUUGGAAGAUAUCAAAACUCCCAUCACCUAAUGGACACUGUCGUGUUCUUAACAAAACCACAGGUGAAAAGGAUUGCUGGAGUCACUCAGUAUUGUUCGACAUUAACAACUCAGAACUUACUCCUCUCGAGCUCCACACAGAUACUUGGUGCUCGUCAGGAGGCCUCGACAUUGAUGGGAAUCUAGUGAGCACUGGUGGGUAUCAAGGGGGUGCAAAUACAGUUCGAUACCUGGGCACCUGCAAAGGCUGCAACUGGAGAGAGUACCCAACAGCACUAGCAGAUCGUAGAUGGUACUCAACACAAGCAACAUUGCCAGACGGUGGAUUUAUCGUGGUUGGUGGCCGAGAUGCCUUCAGCUACGAGUACAUUCCGGCGGAAGGAAAAUCCAACGCCAAACCUUUCUUCUUCGAUUUUCUCCGUCAAACCAGCGACCCGGAGGAGAACAAUUUGUACCCAUUUGUCUUCCUGUCCACCGACGGCAACGUCUUCAUCUUCGCCAACAGUCGCUCUGUCCUGCUCAACCCCAAGUCUAACAAGAUUGUCCGCGAGUUACCUGUCCUCCCUGGGGGACACCGCAGCUACCCCGCCUCUGGAAUGUCCGCUCUCCUCCCAAUAAAACUUCACGCCGAUAAUCAAAAGGUGGUCCCUGCGGAAGUCUUGAUUUGUGGUGGUUCCGCACACAAAGAUUCAUACUCUAAAGCAGAGAAACAAAUAUUCUACACUGCACUUCAAGACUGUGCAAGAAUUAAAAUCACAGAUAAAAACCCUGUUUGGAAGAGAGAACUCAUGCCAACACCUCGCAUUAUGGGAGACAUGAUGAUUCUUCCGUCAGGAGAGGUCCUCAUACUCAAUGGUGCUGAAAGAGGAGCUUCGGGAUGGGGCUUUGCCCGAGAACCAAAUUUUACCCCAGUUUUAUAUAACCCAAGAGCCAAGAGGGGCGAAAGGUUCACUGAGUUAGCACCUUCCACCAUUGCCAGAAUGUACCAUUCAGUCUCUGCGGUUCUGCCAGACGGAAAAGUCCUAGUGGGCGGCAGCAACACCAACAAUGGCUAUAUUUAUGACGCAAUGUAUCCUACUGAGCUGAGAAUCGAGAAAUUCUCUCCACCUUACCUGAAUGCUGCUCUGGCGGGGAAGAGACCAGUGAUUGUGAGGGUGUCGGGCAGGCUUACCUAUGGAGGCAACGUAGGAGUCCAAAUCAAGUUAAAUGGAUUCCAAGUGCUGCAGAAAGAUCUCAAAGUGACAAUCUAUGCUCCUGCUUUCACUACCCAUGGAGUUUCCAUGAAUCAAAGACAUAUAGACUUGGGAUUGAAAAGAGUGCAGAGCAAUGACAAGACAGGAAUCCACGAUAUCAUGGCGGUCACACCACCAAGCAGCACCAUUGCUCCUCCUGGGUAUUAUAUGCUCUCCGUUGUUUUCCAAGGAGUCCCCAGCGUUGCCCAAUGGGUGCAGAUCAAAUGAAGCUGAUUCAUGAAAAGUUCUUGAUUCUUUAUUUUUUUAUUUUUAUCUUUUUUUUUUUUAAUUCCAUGCUUCUGUAUCU